GUAACAGACCUUUGAAUUCUGAGAUUCUGAAGUCUGAAACCAAUGGAACGAUUUUUCUUAAUUUCCUGGUUGCUGGUAGUCUCACCCUUUGUUUCCUUAAUUUGGAACCAACCCAACCCAUCAGUAUCUUUUGGUUUCUUUCUGUCAGAUUCUAAAACCUCCUUUGCUUCAUAUAAGGAUUUUCAUUCUCUCCCAGCUAGCUGCUUAUCAGAAUCUGAUGAAAUUCAGAAACUUUUGUUGUUCCCAUAAAGAUUUUCGUUUCCUUCUUACUUGCUCAGAAUAUGAUGAAAUCUCAGAAACUUCCAUUGCUCUCUUUGAUAGAAGCAUUCAUGGAGGAAGAAAGGGAAGGAGAUAACAAUGGAGGGAUCCGGGCGAACAGCAGCCUGAGGAUGAGCAUAGGGUCAAUGAGCAGCAGAAGGAGCUGGGUUACUGCAAGUAUGAGAGACACAUGGAGUGGCCAUGGAGGAGUGUUUGAGAGAAGCAUGAGAAGAGAAGAUGAAGAUGAAGAAGAACUGAAAUGGGCAGCCAUAGAAAGGCUUCCAACAUUUGAGAGAAUAAGAACAGGCAUGAUGAAGAAGGAGAAGAAGAAGGAGCUUCGGGUUCUUGAGGAUUUUGGAACUGUGGAUUAUGAACAGGUUGAUGUCACCAAGCUUGGGAUACAGGAAAAGAGGCAUCUCUUGGACUGUAUUCUGCAGAAUAUUGAAGAAGAUAAUCUCAAGUUCUUGCAGAGGCUCAGAAACAGGAUUGAUAAGGUUGGAAUAGAGAUUCCAAAGAUUGAAGUUCGAUUUGAGCAUUUGUUUGUAGAAGGAGAAGCAUAUAUUGGAACCAGAGCACUUCCCACAUUAGUCAAUUCUACCCUCAAUGCAAUGGAGAAUGUUCUGGGAUCAAUCAAGCUUUUCCCAUCCAAGAAAAGGGUUGUCAAUAUACUUCAAGAUGUUAGUGGAAUCCUCAAACCUUCAAGAAUGACCUUGCUUCUGGGGCCUCCAGGAGCUGGAAAAACUACACUGCUUCAGGCUCUUGCAAACAAAUCAGAUAAAGACUUAAGGGUAUCAGGAAGAAUCACUUACUGUGGUCGUGAAUUAUCAGAGUUUGUCCCUCAGAGAACAUGUGCUUAUAUAAGCCAACAUGAUCUUCAUCAUGGAGAGAUGACGGUUAGAGAGACUCUGGACUUUUCUGCGCGUUGUUUGGGAGUUGGAACAAGGUAUGAAUUGUUGCUGGAAUUGUUGAAACGAGAAAAGCAAACCCGAAUCAAGCCGGACCCCGAAAUAGAUGCUUUCAUGAAAGCCACUGCAACGGCUGGCCAAGAAACAACUCUUGUUACUGAUUACAUUCUCAAGAUUCUUGGACUGGAAACAUGUGCUGAUACUUUGGUGGGCGAUGAGAUGAGAAGGGGCAUAUCUGGUGGAGAAAGGAAGAGAUUAACUACUGGUGAGAUGCUGGUUGGGCCUGCAAAAGCUUUCUUUAUGGAUGAAAUUUCAACUGGUUUGGAUAGUUCCACAACCUUUCAAAUUGUUAGGUCCUUGGGACAGAUGGUCCAUAUCAUGGAUGUUACAAUGUUAAUCUCUCUUUUGCAACCUGCACCAGAGACCUACGACCUUUUUGACGACAUAAUCUUACUUGCAGAAGGCCAAAUAGUAUAUCAAGGCCCACGUGAAAACAUUCUCAGUUUCUUUGAAAGUGUUGGUUUCAAAUGCCCAGAAAGAAAAGGAAUUGCAGACUUCUUACAAGAAGUCACUUCCAAGAAGGACCAAGAGCAAUACUGGUUCAGAAGGGACAAACCUUACCAAUACGUUAGUGUGCCUGAUUUAGUAGACCACUUCAACAAGCACUACAUUGGUCAGAAACUCUAUGGAGAGCUUCAGAUUCCUUAUGACCAACAAAAAACUCAUCCAGCUGCAUUGGUGACAGAGAAGUAUGGUGUUUCAAGAUGGGAGCUUUUCAAGGCUUGCUUUGCUAGAGAGUGCCUCCUGUUGAAACGAAACUCCUUCAUAUAUAUAUUCAAGACAACUCAAAUUAUAAUAAUGUCUUUGAUUGCCUUGACAGUAUUUUUGAGAACAGAAAUGAAGUAUGGAAAACUUGAAGAUGGGACAAAAUUCUUUGGUGCUUUGUUUUUCAGUCUUAUCAAUGUCAUGUUCAAUGGCAUGGCGGAACUUGCACUCACCAUUUUAAGGCUCCCUGUUUUUUUCAAGCAGAGAGAUUUCUUGUUUUACCCUGCAUGGGCUUUUGCACUGCCCAUUUGGGUCCUUAGAAUCCCUCUCUCUUUGAUGGAGUCAGGAUUAUGGGUCGUCCUUACUUAUUAUACCAUUGGAUUUGCUCCUUCUGCUAGUAGGUUUUUUCGUCAGUUUUUGGCAUUCUUUUGCGUGCAUCAAAUGGGUUUAUCCCUUUUCCGCUUCAUUGCUGCACUCGGAAGAACACAAAUUGUAGCAAACACACUUGGUACCUUCACACUGCUACUUGUUUUUGUCCUUGGUGGUUUCAUCGUUGCUAAAGAUGACAUCAAACCGUGGAUGAUAUGGGGCUACUAUGCUUCUCCUAUGAUGUAUGGACAAAACGCCAUAGUCAUAAAUGAAUUCCUUGACAAAAGAUGGAGUGCUCCUAAUAUAGACCCAAGAAUCCCUGAACCCACUGUUGGAAAGGCUCUUCUCAAGGCUAGAGGGAUGUUCACUGAAGAAUAUUGGUACUGGAUCUCUGUUGGUGCUCUUCUAGGCUUUUCUCUACUUUUCAACAUUUGUUUCAUUGCUGCAUUAGCAUUCUUGAGUCCAUUUGGAGAUUCUAAAUCUAUUACUGUUGAGGAGGAUGUCAAAAGGACAAGCAUGACGGGAUCAUCAUCCAUUGAAAUACAAGAAAUGAAAACCACAGGAGAUAGCUCAGCUUCAACUAAGAACUUGUUUGAAGGCAUCAACAUCCAAGACGGUUCAAAUCCUAAAACAGCGGAGAGUGCAACAACUAAGAGGGGAAUGGUCUUGCCUUUUCGGCCCCUAUCACUUGCUUUUGAUCACGUGAAUUACUACGUUGAUAUGCCAACUGAAACGAAGAAGCAAGGAAUUCAAUCGAGUAGGCUUCAACUACUAAGAGAUGUCAGUGGAGCUUUCAGGCCGGGAGUGUUAACUGCACUAGUUGGUGUAAGUGGUGCUGGAAAAACCACUUUGAUGGAUGUUCUUGCUGGACGAAAAACUGGUGGUUAUAUUGAAGGAGACAUUAACAUUUCUGGUUUCCCAAAGAACCAAGCAACUUUUGCUCGGAUUAGUGGUUAUUGUGAGCAAAAUGAUAUUCAUUCUCCAAACGUCACAAUCUAUGAAUCUCUUAUUUUUUCUGCUUGCCUGCGUCUUGGUAAGGAGGUUAAAAGAGAAAUACAGAAGAUGUUUGUUACAGAAGUCAUGGAGCUGGUUGAGCUACAUUCAGUGAAGGACUUUCUAGUAGGACUUCCAGGAAUAAAUGGUUUAUCAAUUGAGCAAAGGAAGAGACUCACCAUCGCCGUAGAGCUGGUUGCUAAUCCUUCUAUAGUCUUCAUGGAUGAGCCAACAUCUGGCCUUGAUGCGAGAGCCGCAGCUGUUGUUAUGCGUACUGUCAGAAAUACGGUGGAUACAGGGCGAACUGUUGUCUGCACAAUUCAUCAACCAAGCAUUGACAUAUUUGAAUCUUUCAACGAGCUGCUUUUGAUGAAGAAAGGAGGCCAAGUACUGUAUAGUGGUCCCCUUGGUCAGAAAUCUCAGAGGUUAAUAGAGUACUUUGAAGCUAUUCCAUCAGUUCCUAAGAUCAAAGACGGAUAUAAUCCUGCUAUGUGGAUGUUGGAUAUCACUUCUCCAGCUGUUGAGUCUCAACUAGGUGUAGACUUUGCAGGACUCUACACCAAGUCAGAAUUAUAUCAGAGGAAUCAGAAACUUAUUAAAGACCAAAGCACACCAGCACCAGGAUCAAAGGACCUUUACUUCUCAACCACAUACUCCCAGCCAUUCAUUACUCAAACUAAAGCUUGCUUCUGGAAACAACACUUGUCCUAUUGGAGGAAUCCACCAUAUAAUGCCAUCCGGUUGUUCUUAACAGUAAUUGUUGGGGUCAUGUUUGGGCUUAUUUUUUGGAAAGAAGGUGAUAAAAUACAAAAGGAACAAGAAUUGUUCAAUCUCAUUGGUGCUAUAUAUUCUGCUAUUUUCUUCCUUGGAGCCUAUAACACUUCCUCUGUCCAACCUGUUGUUGCUAUAGAAAGAACAGCUUUCUACCGUGAAAGAGCAGCUGGAAUGUACUCAGCUAUUCCUUAUGCAUUUGCUCAGGUAGCAGUUGAGAUGAUUUAUGUAGCAAUCCAAACGCUUUUGUAUAGCCUUAUACUUUUCUCAAUGAUGGGGUUCAGCUGGCAAGUUGACAAGUUCAUGUUCUUCUACUACUUUCUCUUCAUGUGCUUUGUCUACUACACGCUUUAUGGGAUGAUGACAGUCGCUCUCACACCUAACCCCCAAGUUGCUGCAAUCAUUAUGUCCUUCUUUCUCUCCUUAUGGAACCUCUUCACUGGUUUCAUUAUCCCAAGGAGGCUAAUUCCCAUAUGGUGGAGGUGGUAUUAUUGGUUAAGCCCAACAGCUUGGACUACAUAUGGCAUUGUGACUUCCCAAAUUGGUGACAAAAACAAUUUCGUAGAGGUUCCUGGAUCAACACCAAUAUCAUUAAAAGACUAUCUUAAGAAGCAGAUGGGCUAUGAAUAUGGUUUCCUUGGAGUUGCUGCUGCUGCUCAUAUUGCCUUUGCUGUUCUGUUCGUCUUUGUAUUUGCAUAUGGCAUCAAGUUCCUUAAUUUCCAAACAAGGUAAGGAAUGCUAAUGAAUAUGAGAAGUGGACAUGAAAGAUUUUUUUCCCCAGAUAGCUGUAUACCGGCUACUGCUAGAACAAAUACCAUAUACGGAUAGCUUUUUUUUUUUCAGCAGUAUAUAGAAUGUUCAUUAAUUUUCGGUUACUAAUUCAUUCUCCAAUUUGACUUGUGAUGUUUAAUUAAGAAAUUCUUCUAUCAUAUGCUGUAACAGGUGGUUUAUACU